CACGUGACGUCGAAACAACUUUAACAAGAUGUCUCUUGAAGCCACUAUCGAAGCAAAAAUAGCCUCCAAGAAGGUAAUAGUGUACUCCAAAACCUAUUGCCCAUUUUGCUCCAAAGCAAAAAAGGUAUUUGACAAGUAUCUAAAGGAUGGUCAUGGAACUCUAAAAGCAGAUGAAUACGAGGUUAUAGAAAUAGAGAACGAUCCUCAGUGUUCGGCCAUUCAGGAUUACAUGAAGAAGAAAACCGGAGCUAGUUCUGUACCCCGUGUCUUCAUUAACGGGAACUUUAUUGGUGGAGGAGACGAUGUCGUAAGAAAGGAUUCGUCGGGGGAACUCAAAUCACUCCUGACGGCAUAGUGCACUGUUUUGGAUUUAGCUUAUUUAUAUUUAACACACCUUUUUCCAUUAGUCAGUUCAAACCAAUACUUUGCGGGUAUUUUGCUUAUUGGGUUACAGUUAACGUUUGUACUCAAUUGGACAUAAUUUUUAGAAUCUAUAUAAAUAUGCUGUACACUUAA